AUGGGCAAUUUACCUAAAAGUCGCGUACAACAAACUAGAGCUUUUGAAAAUGUCGAUAUCGAUUAUUGCGGUCCCUUUCUUAUUAAAGAAAAAAAGUUCAGAAAUAAUAAGAGUAUCAAGGCUUACGUAGCUGUGGCGGUAGGAAAAGCACUUUUUACUUAUGAGCAAUUCAACACCUGUAUAAUUGAAGUAGAAUCCAUUUUGAAUUCGCGCCCGCUUACUCCUGUUUCCUCUGACCCAAAUGACCUGACGGCCUUGACUUCCGGACAUUUCCUAAUCGGAAAGACUCUAACUAGUGUACCCGAGCACGAUUAUUUGGAUGUGCCGGACAAUCGUCUGUCGUUGUGGCAACACAUACAAAAAAUCAAGCAACACCUUUGGCGCAGAUGGCACAAAGAGUACCUCAACGAGCUACGCACUCGUGGAAAAUGGCACUCUAGCAAUGGAAAUCAAAUUAAGCUCGGCACGUUAGUCACCAUAAAAGAAGAUGAUCUCCCACCUAUGCACUGGAGCGUAGGUCGUGUGAUUGCAGUUCAUCCAGGAGACGACGGUGUUGUACGAGUUGUUACAGUCAAGACGGCUGGUGGAACCUACAAGCGUUGCAUUAAAAAACUAGCACCACUACCAGUCGAUGUAGAAUAG